AUGCUCAAACUGCUAAAGCAACAACUAUAUCAGGAAUGUAGAAACGAGGAGCAAUUCUGGAAAGGGAAGAGUAGAGUGGAUUGGUUAAAACAUGGGGACAAGAACACAAAGUUCUAUCAUGCAGCCACGAAGAGUAGACGAGCCCAAAACAGAAUACGGAGCUUGUUGGAUAACAUAGAGAAAGAGUGGUUUGCAGAGGAAGACCUAGGAAGGAUAGCUGAAGAGUACUUCAAGAUGCUGUUCACAUCAGAGGAUAUAGGAUACAAGCUCAGAGAAAUGGAAGAGAGACAAACAAUCAUAUCCCAUGAACAGAAUGCCACGUUAAUGGCUCCAGUCACACCGGAGGAAGUGAAAAGAGCGACUUUUGACAUCAAUCCGGGAAAGUGUCCCGGACCAGAUGGUAUGAACGGGUACUUCUUUCAACAGUUUUGGGAGAGCAUAGGAGAAAGCCUGACGAGAAUGGUGACCGAGUUCUUCAGGACAUGA